AAUAAGCACCGGGCCAUUGACGAAAAGCUCAGUCAAGUUUUGUGAGUCGGAGGAGACGCUUCAGUCCAGCAAGUGCGGCUCUCGACACGCUUUACUUUUAUUUGUGGAUAUUCCUACCGUAUUGUUUUUAUAUAAAGGACGUUUUUACACAGAAGAAGCUCCCCACAAAGCUACACCAGACGUGGUUGCCUCCACCUCCCUCUAAUAUUGGAGCUGCCAUCCCUCCUAUCACACAGAGAGCAUGGACAGAUUCUAUGACCAGCAGGUCCCAUUUAUGGUCCCACCCAGUCAGAACUCAGCUGCGGACGAAUCGCUCAACAGUCGGCCCCUGAAUGACAGGAAGAGGAAGUUUGUGGACACAGAACUUGCCCAGGACACAGAAGAACUCUUUCAAGACCUCAGUCAGCUGCAAGAGAUCUGGAUUGCCGAAGCUCAGGUACCUGAUGAUGAACAGUUUGUCCCAGAUUUCCAGUCAGAGAGCUUGAUGUUUCAUGGACCUCCACCGACCAAGAUCAAACGAGAGCUGACUCCCACCAAGGAUCUGUCUCCCUGUCGCCAGGACAGAAGUCCCAUGCCCUACGGAGAGAAGUGCCUUUACAAUUACAGUGCCUGUGAUAGAAAGCCGACACACGGAUUCAAGCCAUUAACUCCCCCCUCUACACCAGGCUCACCUUGCGUCCCCAACAAUACUGCACUAACCCAGACCCCCCCUCCUCAUUCCCAUGUAGCCAAUCAGACCCCAGGGCUGCAUCCACUGCAACGACCUCCCACCCAGCAGACUCUCCCUGUGCAGACCCACAGUCCCCCCUUCGCCAUGCCCUGCGUGCCCCUCAACCAGGAUGCAAACAGUUUCACAACUGAGCACAGGUUCCAGAGGCAGAUGUCAGAACCAUGUAUACCUUUUCCCCCGUCUGAGAGCCAAACCCAACCCCAGUACCUGCCGCAACCCCCCAGCAGCACCAGCCUGCCACGUGACAGUCGCCCACCGUACCACAGGCAGAUGUCAGAGCCACUGGUGGCUGUGCCUCCUCAGGGCUUCAAGCAGGAGCUCAUCGACCCUCGAUACAGUGAGCAGGGUGUACCUACCAUGGGCCCCCUGCGUCAGCCAGCAUUCCACCCCAUGGCCAUUAAACAGGAGCCUCGUGACUUCUGCUUCGACUCUGAAGUGCCUAACUGCCAGUCAUCUUUUGGGAGAGCAGGGAGCUUCUACCAGAAUCCCCAUGAGAGCUACUUAUAUGACAGAGAUCCACAGCUGUACUUUGAUGAUACAUGUGUGGUUCCUGAAAGACUAGAAGGGAAAAUAAAACAGGAGCCUUCUGCUUAUCGUGACGGCCCUCCUUACCAGCGUCGCGGCUCGCUGCAGCUUUGGCAGUUUCUGGUCACCUUGCUGGACGACCCAGCAAACGGACAUUUCAUCGCCUGGACCGGGCGUGGCAUGGAGUUCAAACUCAUUGAGCCUGAGGAGGUGGCUCGUCGCUGGGGCAUCCAGAAAAACAGACCUGCCAUGAACUACGACAAGCUGAGCCGCUCGCUGCGGUAUUACUAUGAAAAGGGCAUCAUGCAGAAGGUAAAGGUGGCAGGUGAGCGGUAUGUGUACAAGUUCGUGUGUGAUCCUGAAGCUUUGUUCUCCAUGGCAUUCCCCGACAACCAAAGGCCAAACUUGAAGAUGGACCUGGACAGCCUGCCGGGCCUGGAGGAAGACACUGUGCCCCUCACCCACUAUGAGGACGCCACCUCCUACCUGCUUGAUGCAGGGGAGCAGUGUGCGGCUGCUCUGCCCCUCCCUGAUGGCUAUGGCUACUAACAGGCUGCACGUGUCCUGAUGCACAACACACACGUACAUGCAAACACUCCCAAAGUUUCUCCUCAUGCCCGCUCUGAAAAUCCAGAGCUGGAACCGCAGAGCUGCCUGCAGGGAAUGACCCCUGCUCCUUCUGGGUUCCCUCUUCUGCUCCCUGGAAAACCCCUCUGAAACAUCUGGAAGCUCAGCAGCUUGUGAACGGGAGAAGAACCUGUGACAGCCCCUCUGCUGCCGUGAGAGGUACCUGAAACCAGGGUAAAAUGGACUCUGUAGCUCCAGAGCUCCAAAGCACUGAGAGGGCUGUUGUUGCCAAGGAGACCAAACAACGCUAGAUCAAAGGCCACCAGCUUUGGGUAGACUGAAAGACUCCAGGAGUAGUUGUUUGUCAGACUUUGUGACAAUCUGUUUUACUCAGAAGCAACCAAUCACAAGCUAUUUCAAAUUCAGCACUAUUCUAGCUAGAGUUGCCUUUCUGGGUUCCCCUGUUUUCAUGUCAUCACAUUUGAAAUCCAAGAUCAAUGAAAGGGCUUGAAUUGCCAUAAAGACAAACAUACAGAUGAGUUUGUUUCUGUAGAUAGAACAACAUCAUUUUUAACACUCCAGCUGUUUUCACGUUUGUCUGGGCCUCACUCGACUUCGGUCUUAUGUUAUAUAAAUGUUUAAAUCUAUGUAAGAGAUUUUAUGUGCUGAACUCCGGUCUGUGCAGUGCACUCAAGCGUGUCCAUCACUGUAAGACUCACAAAGCGCUCCCUGUUCCUCACAUCAGAAGCCUAAGAACUUCUCAUGUCCAUUAAAGAUGGCUCCUUUUUUCCCCUCUUCCUUUUGGGUGCUUGAAGUGUCCUCUGCAGUGUGCUCGUUCCUCUGAUGCACCAGUAUGGCAGGGGCAUCAGGAUGCUGCAUGCAAACACAAACAGUGGGGAAGAACUGCUCUGCUGCGGACCCCUCUGUGGACGUCCACCUCGCUGCAUGCUGGACUCAGUCCAAUGACACAUCUCGUUACUGGAUUUUGACAAAAAAAUUUGUGAUCUUUUUUUCUGACUUCAGGCAAAGACAAACUUGUAUAAAGUAUAUAUUUUUGCUAUAAGGCUGCAUUGGUUCUGAUUUUAUUUCUAAGCUGUAAAAUUCAGGCUGAUUAUGCUAUAACCCCCCCCCCCCCCUCCUCCAACAGUGCGUUUCUUGCACUGCUGAGUUUCUGAUAAUCUGUAUUGGGUACAAUAAAAGCUCCUUAAUGCUU